GCGGGCGGAGAGCCUAGACGGCGGCGCUUAUAAGGAGACAAAAUAACUGAAAAUGACAAGUAGAUUUGAGCAUUCUAAGGGAGCAGUUCAGAUGGAGAUGGUCAGAAUGCCUAAAAAGACCCCCAGAAAGAUUUUGACACCCCGGAAUCCAAGGCUGGUCCCAGAAGAGGAAGUAAACAGAAUGUUGACACCCUCAGAGUUCCUGAAAGAAAUGUCCCUGACCACGGAGCAAAGACUGGCUAAAACACAUUUCAUGUGCCGACCACAGAUCAUUGAGCUGUUAGAUAUGGAGGAGACAACCCAUCAAAAGACUUCAAAAAUUGACCUGGAUCAGGCACUCUUCCAGCCCUUCCCAUCAGAAAUCAUCUUCCAAAACUACAUGCCCUGUGAAGUCUAUGAGGUUCCGCUGAUUUUAAGGAACAAUGACACAAUUCCAAGGAUGGUGAAAGUGGUCGAGGAGAGCUCACCUUACUUUAAAGUCAUCAGCCCCAAAGAUGUCGGUCACAAAGUAGCUCCUGGCGUGCCAUCCACAUUCAGAGUCCUCUUCACACCAGAGGAGAACAAGGACUAUGCUCAUAUGUUGACCUGUGUUACUGAAAGAGAGAAGUUCAUUGUUCCCAUCAAAGCCCGAGGUGCACGAGCCAUCCUAGACUUUCCUGACACGCUUAAUUUCUCCAUCUGCCCUGUCAAAUACAACAGCCAGAAGACUCUAUUGGUGCGGAACAUUGGCAACAAAGAAGCCGUGUUUCACAUAGAAACUCAGAGGCCUUUCUCCAUACAACCACCUGUUGGAACUCUAAGAGUGGGAGAGUCCAUGCAAAUGGAAGUCCAGUUUGAGCCACAGACAGUGGGCAAUCACAGCCAAAAACUUAUUGUGUGUUAUGAUACAGGUGAAGAGGUAUUUGUUUCUUUAUAUGGAGCUGCCAUAGACAUGAAUAUAAGGCUGGACAAGAAUUCUUUGAUCAUUGAGAAAACCUACAUAUCUCUGACAAAUCAGCGAAUUAUAACUAUUCACAACCGCAGUAAAAUCAUUGCCCAUUUCCAGUGGAAAAUAUUUGCUACCCAGGAAGAUGAGGAAAGAGAAAAGCAUAGGGCCUGUGAUGAUCUGACCCACGAGGAACAGGAGGAGACCGAUGAGUUCCUUAAGGAGUGUGAUGUGGAUCCUUCACUUCGAGAACGUCUCUCCAUUCUCUCCCGCACCUUUGAGAAUCAGCGCAGGCGGGUUCAGACAGACAGCAUGCUCUUCUUCAACAGCAUCUUCACCAUAGAGCCCCUGGAAGGUGAUGUCUGGCCCAACACAUCAGCUGAAAUCAUUGUGUACUUUAACCCCCGGGAAGCCAGGCUCUAUCAACAGACUGUUUACUGUGAUAUAUCAGGCCGAGAGAGCCGCAUGCCCCUUCGAAUCAAAGGGGAGGGCCUGGGGCCGAAGAUUCAGUUCAACUUCGAAUUGCUGGAUAUUGGAAAAAUCUUUGUUGGAUCUGUGCAUUGCUAUGAGACAGUACUGUCCAACAAAGGAAGCAUCGAUGCCCUCUUCAACCUGAUCCCUCCAGUCUCAGUAUUUGGGACCUGCUUUACUUUCAGUCCCAAGGAGGGCAUCAUUGAGCGCAGUGGGGUCCAGGCUCUCCAGAUCUGCUUCACCUCCUCGACCCUGGGCCACUUUGAAGAAGAGUUCCUCUUCAAUGUCAGUGGUUCUCCUGAGCCUGUAAAACUGACCAUUAGAGGCUGUGUCAUUGGACCGACCUUCCAUUUUAAUGUUCCUGCGCUGCACUUUGGCGAUAUUUCCUUUGGGUUCCCGCGUACUUUGAUAUGUUCCCUUAAUAAUACCUCUUUGGUCUCAAUGACCUUCAAACUGCGCAUUCCUGGGGACGGUGUUGACCAUAGCAGCUUCUCUGCUUGUGAGAAGAAUCCAGACCAAGGAGGACUGUCUUGGAACGAGGAAGCCAAACCCACAACGAAGCCAAAAGAAUUCACCAUCACCCCUGACAGUGGCACCAUUCGCCCCCAAGGAUUCACUGCCAUCCGGGUGACCUUAUGCUCCAACACUGUGCAGAAAUACGAGCUGGCCCUGGUGGUGGACGUGGAGGGCAUCGGAGAGGAAGUGCUGGCGCUUCUAGUUACAGCAAGGUGUAUCGUGCCCACCCUGGAACUGGUGAACUCGGAGGUGAACUUCGGGCACUGCUUCCUGAAGUACCCGUAUGAGAAGACCGUUGCACUGUCCAACAAGAGCCACCUGCCAGGGGCCUACAAGAUGCUGCUGCAGGCACCCCAAGGCUCGCCUCCAGCCAUGCUGCUCUCCAGUCCCAGUCCCUGCGGGAUCAUCCAGGCCCACAGCACCAUCCACAUACCGCUGUCUCUGGAGACCCAGAUCAGGGGGGAGCACUGUUCUCUCGUGAGCAUCUCCACCUUUGGGAGCCAAGACCCCCCAAUGAUUUGCAAGGUAAGGAGCAUCGGAGAAGGCCCCGUUAUCUACGUGCAUCCCCUGGAACUUGAUUUUGGGAGCAUCUACGUCCUGCAGAACUUUUCCAAGGUCCUCAACCUGAGCAACCAGUCGUUCAUCCCCGCCCUGUUCCGGGCAUACAUGGCACACAAAAAGUCCCUGUGGACGAUUGAACCCAGUCAAGGCCUGGUCCCCCCAGAAGCCGAUGUCCAACUGACCCUGACCGCCAACCUGAAUGACACAGUGACAUUCAAAGACACAGUCGUGCUGGAAAUUGAAAAUAGCAUCACCUACCACGUUCCUGUCCAGGCUUCUGGCUUUGGUUCUACCAUUGUCUCCGACAAGCCCUUUGCUCCAGAACUCAAUCUGGGAGCGCAUUUUAGCCUGGACACCUACGUGUACCGCUUCAAACUGACCAAUAAAGGACGCCGGGCCCAGCAGCUAUUCUGGAUGAAUGAAGGUUUCCAGCCCAAGGCCAGGAAGAGCCUGCCCAAGAUCAGGCCAAGGAAGAAAUUCCCCACACUCCAGGGCUCCAAGGAUCCCCAGAACCCCGUUUUUCAGAUUCACCCUAUCAGGAUGGAGCUCCAACCAGGCCAGACGAUCAAUGUGACCCUCCAAGGCUACUCUGCACACCCCAGGGUAGUCCAGGAGCGGCUGGUGUGCCACGCCAUGAUCGGGACACAGCAGGGGAUAAACCAGGUGAUGACCGUGCGGGUCCUGUGCGAGUUCAUUGAGCCACUCCUGCAACUGUCCACCAAACAGCUCACCUACCGGCUAGAGAAGACACCCAGCUGCGUCCUGGAGCCUGAGUACCAGCCGUUGGUCAUGAAGAACGUUUCCAGCCUGCCUGUGAGCAUUCUGCUCUCCUUGUGCAGCCCCUUCUUCAUCUGUGAGAGUGAUAAGUCACCACUGCCCCUCGUUCCUGAGCCUAUUCGGCUCAGCACUCAGGAGGAAAAGAGCCUGCUGGUCAAGUUCGACCCUUCCUUGAGGACGGACCUGAACAACUGGGUCGCAGAGGAGAUGCUGUCCAUCAAGUAUAUAGAGCACCCCCAGGUGGACAGCGUGAACCUGCGAGGGGAAGUGUACUACCCCAACCUCUGCUUCGAGACCAUGGACCUGAAUUUCGGCUGCAUCCUCAAUGACACAGAAGUCAUCCGCUACAUCAACAUCACCAACUGCAGCCCCUUGACAGUCAAGUUCCGCUGGUUCUUCCUGGUGGAAGAUGAAGAAGACCACAUCAGGUUUGAGAGACACCUGGCGAAGCCUCACAGUGCCACUGUGUCCCAGGUGGAGUCCAGCCCAGUGACGUCCCCCUCAACCUGCUCUCAAGUGGUCCCCAUGACAGAGGUCCCGGAGACCAACAUAGGUGAUUAUAUCAAGGCCAUCCUUGUGGAUGAAGAGAUCAUGUCUGAAGAAAGAGAACUCAAAAAGACAGAUGGGCCCAUGAUGACAGCACCUGAUGUACGAUUGAUAUUGAACUCUGUCGAAAUAGAAAGAGUAGACCUAAACCAGAGCCAGACGGAGUUACAGGACUACAUAGAGAUCUUUCCGCAUGAAGAUUUGCUUUCCAUUGGCAUAGAAGAAGUCUUUGACAUCUUGCCACUCUGUGGGGUGCUGCAGCCAUACAGCACCCACCAGAUCUCUUUUACCUUCUUUGGCCACUGUGACAUCAUCGCAAGGGCCAAGGCUUUGUGUGAAGUGGAAGGAGGGCCCACCUAUGAGGUGAUCCUCCGGGGAGAGGCAUCCCUCAUCAACUAUUCCUUUGACACCAAGGACAUCAACUUUGGAUUACAGCCCUUUGACCAUGUCACUGUGAAGGAAAUCACACUGAGGAACACGGGCCAAGUGGGCUUCGAGUUCAAGGUACUGGCCGAGCCACAGUCUGCCCCGAACAACCUGCUCCCUGGAGUGCCACUCCUGCUGCCCAGCUCGGCUUUCAUCGGUUCCCAAGAAGAGGCGAAGCUGAAGAUUUACUACUUACCUGGAGUCCCCGAAAUCUUUCAUAGGAGUUUCCAGAUACAGAUCGCCCACCUGGAGCCAGAGAAGAUCACUCUGAGCGGGGAGGGGGUCUUUCCCCGAAUCAACGUGGACCUCCCCAGGAACCUUAAAGGAGCUGAAAAGUACCAAAUCUUCUUGAACCAAGCCAGAAAAAACUUAGAGAAAGAGUACAGCAAGUAUGAAAUUUUUGACCACUUGGAUAUCAUAGAGGAAAUGCUGGAUGAUGAAUCUUCAGAGAUAAGUGCUCAGAUCCACAUGGAAGUGGAGCGGCUGAUAGUGCAAGACUAUGCCAUAGAACACCACAGAUCCAUCCCAGACCCCACUGAAGACAUCAGCCACCGGUGCCACCGCAAACUGUCCAAAGUACAGCUGCCAGAGUACAUUCUGGACUUCGGCUACAUCAUCCUCGGGGACGUCCGAACCCACAUCAUCAAGAUCACCAACACCAGUCACUUCCCAGUGUCUUUCCACGCGGACAAACGUGUCCUUCACGAUACGGGCUUCAGCACGGAGCUCGACCGGGUCAAGAACCUGCCUUACUGUGAAACAGAAACCUUUGAAGUGCGAUUUGACUCCCAAGGGACCACUCACUCGGUGGGGAGCAAGGAAACCCUCCUGCCCAUCAAGGUGGUAGGAGGACCCACGGUUUACAUUUUACUCCAAGCCAAGGUGCUCAUCCCCGCCAUGACGCUGUCCUGCGGAAAGGUGGAGUUUGCCGCAAUCCAGUGUGGACAGUGCCUCGUGGAGACCAUCCAGCUGUCCAACCAGCACCAAGUCCCCUGUGAAUGGUUUGUCAGCAUCUCUAAGCCUGUGGACAAGCUGGAGAAGCACAUGCCCAAGUACUUAAGACGAAGACUGUGUGCUGAGUUAAAGCCGAAGGCCCGGAUCUUUGAGAUCCAGCCCACUUCUGGGAUCUUGGAUCCUUGCGAGAGGUUCAACGUGCAGGUGAAGUUCAUGCCCAAAGAGGAGAAGUUCUACAGUCAAACCCUGGUGUUCCAGAUCGCGCAGAGUUCCCAGAGGCUCACACUGCUGGCGCAGGGCUGGGGCCUCGAGCCACGCUUGGAAUUCAGCCCCUCCAUCCUGGAGCUGGGGCCCCUGCUGCCUUUCGCCCCUGGAGACGAGAUGGAGGUGGUGGUGAAGAAUCCCUGCAACUUUCCCAUCGAGUUUUACUCCUUAGAAUUUGACCAGCAGUACCUGGUAGAAGAGAAGAUCCUGCGGAUGCUGAAGGGUUACGAUGCCUACAACACCCUGCUGCUGCCCCCCCGCCCACCGGGCGAGAAGCUGCCCCCUGAGAUCUACGAGUACUACAAGGAGGUGAAGCGCUCCAGGGAGGAGCAGAUGAAGAUGAAGUACCUGGAGAACCUGGCCCAGGACAACGAUGAUGAUGACUUGCCCUUGUCAGACCACGGCACCUCAGGCAGCACGAAGCGGACGUCCCUCAGCCAGGGCCUGUCGGCCACAUCCAACACAGAUGAAAGGCACAUCGCCAUGGUCGAUUCCAAAAUCUACGCUGAGGAAGAGGACGAUGAGGAAAGCUUGGAGAAAAUGUUGCUCCAAGUAGAUAAGAACCAGAGUUUGGACAGCCACUCCACAGAGGAAGUCGGCGAAGUGGAGAGCAACCCAGUGAACAAGGCCAUCGCCCGCUACCUGGGCAUCGACAUCUCCCCUGAAGCCCGCAUGGCCAAGAACCGAAAGGGCAUCGUCAUCAUUGUCCACGGGACGCCCCUAUCAGGCAAGACAGCCACGGCCAUCAGCCUGGCCAAGUACUACAACGCGGCCUGCCUGAACAUCGACUCCAUCAUGUUGGAGGCCAUCUGCGACAGCAGCAGCUUCCCGGGCAUCCGGGCCCGUGAGCUCUGCAUCCGGGCCGCUAUUGAGCAGGCCUUGAAGGAAGGAGAGGAGUCGGCCCAGGAGGCUGCGUCGGGGCAAACGCGGCUGAGCAGCGAGACCCUGGGCAAGUUGACGUCAGAAACCAUACUGGCGGCGCUGGACGGCAAGCCAGGCAAGACCUUGCGCGGGAGCGUGCCUCUCAACAAGGGCAAGGUCGACAGCCACGGCUCGGGCUCCCAGAAGCAGCACCACAUGCACUCCGACACCCCGCAGAUCUCCUCCAGCCCCCUCCCAUUAGGCCCCACACAGCGCCGACUCAGCGUCAGCACCAGCAUCGGUGGUGAAACGGGGCUCAUGAGCUGCGUGCUCCCGGAGGAGCUGUUUGUCCAGAUCCUGUCCGAUCGCCUCGAGCUGAGCGACUGCUACCGAGGGGUGGUGUUUGACAGCCUGGAGACCCUCUUCUCUCGCAACAUGACAAGCACCCUCCACUCCCUGCUGAAGGCCAUUGGCAACCGGGAGCACAUCUACCUGCUCAACAUGGCCCAGGACUACAUGGUCAUGAAGGCACAGGAGAAAGCCAAGAAAGAGCAAGAAGAGAACAAGCGCAGGGAGGAGCUGGAGAAGGAGAAGGAGCGGCUACGCACGAUGGAUGAGGACGAGUACGAUGCCCUGACGGAGGAGGAGAAGAUGAUCUUCAACAGGGAGGUGCAGCAGGCACUCCGGGAGAGGAAGAAAAGAGAGCUGGAGAGGCUGGCAAAGGAGCAGCAGGAGAAGAAGCUACAGCAGGAGCUGGAGCGGCAAAAGGAAGAAGACGAGCUCAGGCGGAAGAUCAAAAAGCCCAAGAUGGGGAAGGAGGAGGUGCAGCCCAAGAAGUCACAUGCCACGGGUCUUUCUUUUUCACGGCCGGAGGGCAAGGCCGACCUGCUGGAAAGGAAAACCUCUGUCCGAGAGCAGAUCCAGGCUGAGAAGGAGGAUCAGAACAAGAAGAAAAAGACGCUGCAGACAGAGGCCAACCUGCUGGGCAACACUCUGGUCCCCGAACCGGAGGACAGCGAAGGCGACCUCUCCAAGGACACCGACAGGUACGUGGCCCAGAGAUUCAAGGACUAUGAGCUCACUCUGAAGGACAUCCAGGGCCUGCUCCUCUACUGGGACCGCAAGCAGCGCUUGCUCCUGCCGCACACGGGCGUCGAGGACUCGGUGCACGAGCCCGACGACCAGAGGCAAGUGCCGACGGGCGGCCGCAAGGGCCGCAAGGACCGGGAGCGCGCCGAGAAAGCCGAGAAGGAGCGUGCCGAGAAGGAGCGCCAGGAGCGCGAGAAGGCCGAGCGCGAGCGCCUGGAGAAGCUGCGCAUCCCGGACAAGGACAGUGACGGCUGGGACGAAGGAGAGGAGGACCACGAGAGCAAAAAGGACCUGGGUGUGCCCUUCAUCAACAUCCCCACGCCCGACCCUGAGGGCGUGAACUGGAAGCAGACCCUGGAGAACGAGCGGCUGCCCAGAGCUGAGCAGAUCCUCGACCUCCUGGGCCUGGGCUCCUCGGGGCCUCCCAUCCCGCCUCCAGCCUUGUUCUCCAUCAUCUCCUACCCCAACAAGCGGCUGCCUCUGGCCACCACCGAGACCCUCAAGCAUUUUGUGUUUGUAGUCCCACCCUCCGAGGAGUCCUCCCAGGAGGACAAACGGGAGGUGGACCCGGACGUGGAGCCCACCAUACCCACGGGCUCCACGAAGGUCCAGGAGGACCAGAACGUCUCGUCGAAGAGCAGCAAACAGAAGCAGAAGGACAAGGAGAAGCAGGAGCAACCCCGUGAAACCGUGAAGGAAAAACGCCGCCCGCAGCCCAACCGGAAGCCCGUGCCCGGGACCACGACAGGGACCAUCCCCACCCUGUCAGACAUAGACCAGAACAACCUCACCAGGCAGCAGUCCCAAGAGAAGUUCAUGAGGCUGUCUCAGUUCCGGUGGAUCGUGCCAGCCAACGGCGAGGUGACACUGAGGAUACACUUCUCAUCGGGUGACGUUGGCAGCUUUGACCAGACCUUAAACUUUGAGAUUCUGGGGACUCACCGCCAGUACCAGCUCUACUGCAGGGGCAUCUGCAGUUACCCCUAUAUCUGCCAAGACCCGAAGGUGGUGUUCUCUGAGCGGAUGCCGGACAUAAAGCCCGAUGAGGUCAUCUUCAAGAAGUAUGUGAUGAGCACCGAGAAGUUCUACUUUGGGCCACUGCUCUGUGGAAAAUCAAGAGACAAGUACAAGUCGCCCAUGUUCCCUGGCAACACGGAAACGCUGACGAUCCUGAACAACUCGCCGAUGCCUUCGGAAGUGUUCUUCUGCUUCCAGAAUGACGUCAAGGCAAGCACAUACUUCCUGGAGCCCCUGAGCAUGGUCCUGAAGCCCAACGAGUCCCAGCUGCUGCAUGUGUGGGCUUACCCGACCGCCGUGGGGCUCUUCGAAGACAGUGUUGUCUGCUGCGUCAAGGAGAACCCGGAACCUGCUAUCUUCAACAUUUGCUGCCAGGGCGUCCGCCCCGAGCUGGAGCUGGAGCCGAAGCAGCUGCACUUUGACCGGCUCCUGCUGCACAGGAGAGAAACCAAGGUGAUCAUACUCCGCAACAUCACGCCCCUGCCUGCCUCCUGGCGUGUGUCCAGCCUAGAGCACUUGGGCGAAGAUUUCGCCCUGCCCGUGAUGCAGGGGAUCAUCGCCCCCAAGUCAGAGUACGGCCUGCCCGUGCACUUUCAGCCCUCCAAGCCCGUCAGCGUCAAGAAGACCAUUCGCCUGGAGAUCCUGGACGUGGACAACCUUGUCGGGAUUGUGCAGGUGGAGAAUGUCAUGGUGUUUGCAGAGUCUUACGACAUAGCCUUGGACAUCGUCUUCCCCAAAGGAGCAGAUGGUGGGCUCGAUUUUGGGACGGUGAAGGUGAUGGAGGACGUGAGGCAGCUGCUGCUGCUGAAGAACCGUGGGAAGUACGAGAUCAUGUUCAGCUUUUCUGUGGAUCCGGUCGGGGCUCCCACCAACAUCAGCUCCAUGAUCUCCGUGCAGCCCAGGAAGGGCUCACUGACCACCACGGAGAAGCCCAUGAAUGUCCAUGUGUACUUCCGCGCCAGGAAAGAAGUGCGGAUCGAUCAUCAGCCGAUUCUUCGCUGUCAGAUCAUUGAGCCCGGCAUGGCAGAGGGCGGGGAGGUCAUCGCCAGCAUCCCCAUUAAGUUCUCUGUGAAUGCUGUCUACUCCAAGUACGUCAUCAACCCCUCCAACAUCAUCAACUUUGGGGCGCUGAUCUGCGGCACCCGCAAGAGCAGCUCCUUCACCAUAGAGAACCAAGGGGUGACCGACUUCAAGUUUGUCCUGUUCAGGAUGACCGGAGAGCUUCCCAUUUACCAGAAGAAAGGAACCAGCCACUUGCGGAACCCGCGGUCUCGGGAGAGCGACAGCUUUCACAAGGGCACCUCCCUCAAGGCUUCCAAGUUCUCCGAGUCACUCCCCAGGGAGGUGAACUUCCCAACCCAGGCUCGUUUCACCCACGGCAUGUUCACCGUGUACCCCGGGUUUGGGGCCAUCGUAGCGGGAGGAUCACAGGUCAUCACCGUGGACUGCCUGGCCGACCCCAUCGGGAAGAGUGAGGAGUAUGUCGGGAUCGAUAUCUCUGAUCGGGACCCGAGAGACCAGCCUGGUGGCAUUCCCUACAUGCUGCUGGCUGAAGCCUGUCUGCCAGCCUUCGUGACUGACGACUAUAGGCUGAUAUUCGAGGAGCACCAGGUGUGCCAGAGCGCCAGCCUGAGCAACACCCUUCAGACCACGGACAGCGGCGGCGUGUUCGUGGAGGAUGAGAACCGCUUCCUCUUCAGCAGCGUGCUCGUGGGCCACCAGGCCAAGGCGCGCUUCAAGAUCAUCAACCCGGGCAAGAUCGCCUGCGACGUCAGCGUCAACGUCAAGCCCGUGUCCUCCAAGAUCUUUGCUCGCAUCACCGACAUCUUUGACGUGGAGCCCAACAAGAUCUGCGUGCCCAGCCGCUCGUCCGCCUUCGCCACCGUGUCCUUCACCCCACAGGCCCUGCAGACCUACCAGUGCAUCUUUGAAGUGACCGUGGAAGGCCUGUCCAGCAACCUCACUAAGAACCGCAACCUCUCCUUCGACAUUGUGGGCGAGGGGACCCUCCCACGCGUGACCGUGGUGCGGCCAAUCCUCCACGACCAGUUCGGGAACCCCCUGCUUCUCUUUAAGAGGCUUCUGAUCGGCCGGUCCCAGACGCUGCCCAUCCAGCUCAAGAACACGGGCACCAUUGAGGCCCAGCUGCACAUUGACCUGAGGGACCCACUGGGCAUCUACUCCCUGAAGGGGAAGCCCACGACCACCUACAACUACCUCACAGAGGAUAACAAGCCCCAGGCCGUAGCUAAGAAAGCUCACACAGCCUCCCUAGUGAUUCAUCCUGGAGAGACAGCUGAGUUUGACGUCCUUUUACAGUCCCAGAAGGUUGGGAGAAUGACUGGCGAAGUGCAUUUGUCUGUGGUCCACAACCAGUAUGAGGAGACCAUCAUUCACCUGGUGGGAGAGGGCUAUGAGGAUGACAUCACUUUGGACAAUAUUCAUGGGCUGGUGACUUCUACCAGCCAGGAGAGUGAUAUCUCUCUGAGCAUAGAGGAAAUUACCAAGGAAGAACUGGUGGCAGCUGCCAUGAUAGAGCACAUCCAGUUCGGAGACUGUCAUGUUGGAUACUGCUAUACUCUGAGCUUCACUCUCACCAACCACAGCAAAGUGAAUGUGAUACGGUUCGAAUGGCCUGUUUUAAUUACAGUUUCUUUCUCCCCACAGAUUGGCCACCUCCAUCCAGGGUGUGCCAAGGACAUCAUGGUGACCCUGAAUGCAGACAUACCCAUCUCCCUGAAGAAGAUGGGGAUCAAGUGCAAGCUCUCUAAGAUUGUGUUCCAGCUUCCCACAGACCAGGUCCCUGACUGGGAUGACCGGAUGCACACGGUCAAGUGGGUGGACAUGCCCCGCACCACACCCGGAGUCUUCACCACCAAACGCAAAGUGGUGGAGACAGACCCUGAGCCUGCCCACAGCGUCAUUGAGGAAAACCACCAAGACCUGUACGUCCAGAUCAGUGCCAACGUGAGCUAUGCUCAGUACACCUUCCCAAAGCACGACGUGCACUUCAAAGAAACUCUGGUUUACCAGACCCGCAUCUUUGAGAUGGAACUGACCAACUCUGGGACUAUUCAGCUGGAAUUCAGCUGGACCUGUGAGGAGGCCGGGAGGGUCGUCAGCUUUGCAACGCCCGAAGGCCAAGAGUCCACUCAGAAGCUCCAGCUGAGCCAGGGCACACUGCACACGGCCAGUACCGUGGACAGCACCACGGACCACUGGCCAGAAACUUCCGUGCCCCCCUUCUCUGUGGAGCCCUCCUCCGGCGUGUUGCCUGUGGGCAAGACGCAGAAGCUCUUCGUGAAGUUCUCUCCUCUGGAGGUCGGAGACUUUGAGUGCAAUCUCUACUGCCAGAUUUCCAACCUGUCUCCAGGGGAGCAAGGCCCCGUUGUGACGGCGAGGGGGCGGAGCUGCAUGCCCUACUGCCAUUUUGAUCUGAAGGACUCUGACUACAUCAGCGGGCACCGGCGCGAUGCAGACCUCCGCGGCCCCGGUGGUGGGUCCCUAGACCCUGCCACGCGGGUGAUUGAGUUCACCAGCUUGGGCAUCGGAGGGAAGAAUCUGCAGAGCUUUACCAUCCUGAACCCAACCAGUAGCACCUACUCCUUCUCCUGGGUCUCGGAAGAGACAGAGAGUCUCCAGAACCUUCCGGUCUUCACCUGCCUCACUGAGAAGGGCAUCGUUUACCCAGAGAAGAAGGCCGAGAUCAUCUUCCAGUUCACACCGACCCAUCUGGACAUCACGGAAGCCUUCUGGACCUUCUUAAUCCCCGAACACAACAUCUCCGUCCCGUUCCUGCUGGUCGGCAAAGCUUCCGACCCGCUCCUCAACUUGAGCAAGGCCCACAUCAACUUCAGCAGCCUCCUCAUCGGCAGGGAAGCCAGGGAGAAGGUGAGGAUCAUCAAUCAGGAGGACCAGGGCUUCUAUUUUGCCUUCGUGGACAACUCUCGGUACUCGGAGGGACACAGCAACUGCCUGAUCGUGUCCCCCAUGGAAGGCUGGAUUCCCCCAAAGUCCAGGAUCCCCAUUGAUAUUUUCUUCACACCAAAGCUGGAAGGAGAAGUGAACUUUAAUCUGAUCUGCAACGUGAAGAAGAAAGUCAACCCUCUGACCUUGAAUGUGAAGGCCGAGGGCUAUGCCAUGAAUGCAGAGGUCAAAUUCAAGGACAAAUCUGGCACCAGCAACGUCCUGACUCCCGCCCAGACCAACACGGUCAACCUGUAUGAGGUGGAGCUGAAUGAGUCCGUCCAGUAUGAAUUCAGCUUCCUCAACAUGGGGAAGUUCAGCUUCAGCUACCAGGCAGAGCUGAGUGGCCCUAAAACUCUGCUGCAGUACUUGGAGUUUGCCCCGGUAGACGGCAGCGUGGAUGCAGGCCAGAGCAUGACUGCAACCCUGUUCUUCAGGCCACAGAAGAAGUGUGUCCUCAAGAACCUGGAACUCAGACUCAAGAUCAGCCAUGGGCCGACAUUUGUGUGUAGCAUCAUAGGCUCUGUUGUGAUCCCCGCCGUGCAUUUCUCCUUCACCAGCUACAACUUUGGCAACUGCUUCAUCUACCAGGCAGGCAUGCCCCCCUACAAACAAAGCCUGAUUAUCUCCAACAAGGAUGAAAACGCCAUGAGCAUCGACUGCUUGUAUACCAACACCAGCUACCUUGAGGUGAACUUCCACAGGGACGUGAUCAAGCCAGGCAAGUCACUAGAGAUCCCCAUCACCUUCUACCCACGCGAGAGCAUCGCUUACCGGGAGACCCUCCCCUUUGAGAUCAACGGGCUCUCCCAGCAGCUCGUGGAGAUCAGAGGGAGUGGAACCGAACUGAAGAUCACAGUCUCAGACCCCCCAAACCGAGUGGUGAAGCUGGGUGCCAUCCACCCCGGGCAGGAGGUGAAGAAGGUGGUGUCCAUCCUGAACAGCAGCCUGGCCCCGGUUACCUUCAACUGCUCCUUCAUGUUCUCCACCCCUGAGCUCCAGGAAUCCAAGGUCAUAACCCUGGACCCCUUCCGCAACAUCACCCUGAAGCCCAAAGAAGUGGGGAAGCUGGAAGUCACCUUCGCCCCAAAGAAGCGCAUCCCCCCCUUCUCUGAGGAGGUGUUCAUGGAGUGCCUGGGGCUCCUGCGCCCCCUCUUCCUGCUCAGCGGCUGCUGCCAGGCCCUGGAGAUUUCCCUGGACCAGGACCAUCUUUCUUUCGGGCCCGUCGUGUAUCAGACCCAGGCCUCGCGGCGCAUCCUCCUGCAGAACACCGGAGACCUGGGCGCCAGGUUUAGAUGGGAUGUCAAGAGAUUUGAGCCCCACUUCUCCAUCAGCCCGGAAGAAGGCUACAUCACCGCAGGUACAGACGUCUCUCUGGAAGUGACCUACCGCCCCACUGAAGUGGGCAAGGAGAGUCUCUGCAAACAGCUGCUCUGCUACAUCCAGGGCUCCAGUCCUCUGAGCCUGACCCUGUCUGGAAUCUGUGUGGGACUACCUGCAGCCAAAGAGGUGGUGAAUUUCACCUGCCAGGUACGCUCCAAGCACACACAGACCAUUCUGCUUUCCAACCGGACCAACAAAACCUGGAACCUGCACCCCAUCUUUGAAGGCGAGCACUGGGAGGGGCCCGAGUUCAUCACCCUGGAGCCACAUCAACAAAAUAAGCCCUAUGAGAUUACCUACAAGCCCCGCACCAUGAACGUGGAGAACCGCAAACAUCAGGGCAGCCUCUUCUUCCCGCUCCCGGAUGGCACUGGUUGGCUCUACACGCUGCAUGGGACCUCCGAGCAGCCCAAGGCUGUGGCCAAUAUCUACCGCGAGGUGCCCUGCAAGACGCCCUACACCGAGCUCCUGUCCGUCAGCAACUGGCUCAACAAGCCUCAGAGAUUCCGGGUGAUUGUAGAAAUGCUGAAACCAGAGAAGGCCGACCUCAGUGUCACCCUCAAGGGCCUUGACUACAUUGAUGUGCAGGCUGGGGCUAAGAAGGACUACAAGCUGAACUUCUACUCCUACAAGGAAGGCCUGUACUCCGCAAAGGUGAUCUUCCGGAAUGAGCAGACCUCUGAGUACUUAUUCUAUACAAUAAGCUUCAAGGCCAUCCCAUCGGGUGUCAUCAAGACCAUCGAGAUGGUGAGCCUGGUCCGCCAGAGCACCUCAGCCUCCAUCAAGCUGGAGAACCCUCUGCCCUACGCAGUGACCUUCUCUGUGGACUGCAGGCUGCCCGACGUGAGCCUACCCUCCCAGUUCACCAUCCCUGGCAACUCCGAGAGCGUGCUCUCCUUCGAGUUCCAGCCUCUGAAGGUCGGCGAGUCCUUCGGGAAGCUGACACUCCACAGUAGCGAACUGGGCUACUACUUGUAUGAGCUCAGCCUAAAGGCCCUGCCCGCCUUGCCCGAGAAGCCUGUCCACUUCCAGGCCGUCCUGGGCAGCAGCCAGAACAUCUUCGCCAAGUUCAUCAACUAUACCCGGCAGAAGACGGAGUACUAUUGCAGGACUGACUGUCCAGACUUCCACGUGGAGAAGGUCAUCAUCGCUCCCCCGGGGGCCCAGGGGGGCACGGAGGUCAGCGUGGAGGUCUACUUCGAGCCCAGUCGCCUGGGGGAGACCAAGGGCCUCCUGCAGCUGACCUCGCUCUUGGGCGGCGAGUACAUCAUCCCCCUCUUCGGCACUGCCCUGCCCCCCAAGCCCCAGGGCCCCUUCCUGAUCCGUGCGGGCUACAACAUCCUCAUCCCCUUCAAGAACAUCUUCUACCAACCUGUGACCUUCUCCUUCGCCGUGGAGCACCCCGCCUUCUCCAUCCGCGCCGUCGAGUUCAUGCGCCCAAAGAAGAUCAACAACAUCGCCAUCUCGUUCGAGGGCAACCCCUCGGGCAACAAGAUCCCCAUCACCACCAAGCUCAUCGUGUCGUGCCCCCCAAGCGAGAGCAACGAGACGGGUGUGCAGUGGGUGUACUACCUGAAGGGCAUCACGCCGUAGGGCACCUCAUCCCA